AGGGGGCGCGGCCACGGUGCCCCGGCCCCGCCCCGCCGGCCGGAGCCCGUUGAGCGGCGGAACGCGGCGGCGGCGGCGCCAUGGUGAAGAUCGCCUUCAGCUCCCCCUUCGCGCAUAAGGACGGCGCCAAGAAGGAGGCGGCCGAGGCGCUGGUGGCCGACAGGGAUCCGGAAGUUGCCACACACGGAGGUGAAAACUCAUCUGGAAGAUGUCUGUUGACUCUGCUGGGCUUAGCGUUCAUCUUGGCAGGAGUUGUUGUCGGCGGAGCCUGCAUCUACAAGUACUUCAUGCCUAAGCAUAAGUUGUACCGUGGUGAAAUGUGUUACUUCGAAAACGAAAACCGGGAUCGUGCUGCGGAACCGUAUUUCCUCCCUAUUGCCGAAGAAGCUGACAUCCGGGAAGAUGAUAACAUAGCCAUCAUCGAUGUGCCUGUCCCCAAAUUCUCAGACAGUGAUCCAGCCGCGAUUGUCCAUGACUUUGAUAGGCUUUUGACGGCCUAUCUUGACUUGCAACUGGGUAACUGCUAUGUGAUUCCGUUGAACACAUCCAUAGUUAUGCCACCAAGGAAUUUGAUGGAUCUCUUUGCAAAACUGGCGACUGGUUCUUACCUGCCUCAGACGUACCUAGUCCGUGAAGAAAUGGUGGUUACGGAGGAGAUAGAUAACGUAUCCGAUCUGGGUAUCUUCAUUUACCAACUCUGCGUUGGAAAAGAGACUUUCAGACUUCAGCGCAGAGACCAGAUAACAGGUCUGCAGAAACGUUCAGCGGAGAACUGUCACUCAAUCAGACACUUUGAAAACUCUUUCGUUGUUGAAACAAAGAUCUGUCAACAGUGAGAGGCGUUGGAUGGGAGGUGACUAGUUCACACCUUCAUUGAGAAGUCUCACCAUUAGACGUCGACUUCUUAAAUUAAAAUGUGCAGUGAUAAUCAAAAGCCUUAUGCAUUUUCUGUGUAUUGCUUGUAUUUCAAAGACAGUCACCAUUUCAGCUUUCUUUGAUCCUUGGUAUACCUAUUCUUAGUUUUCUGUAGAAUUUAAAUUUGAGUAAGGUGUUUUGGUUUUGUUUGUUGGGUUUGUUUUUCUCAGAAGGGUAACAUCAGUUUGUCCAUUGAAUGUGUGUGAUCUACAGUAACCUGGGAAUGGCAGAAAAACAUAUACAGAAAUGUUAACCGACUCCUUGGCUGGAACCAGUUCUGUUCACCUUAACUUUCACGGGAUGAUUAAUGUAUUAAUCUGUGGUUUGCACAUCUUGUGUAGUUCUGUAGAGUAGCUCUGCACUCAGUCUCCUGGCUAAAAACCUCCUGAUGCACAUCAUUAAAGGUUUAUUUUAACAUCCAUGUGUGAAGCAUGUAAAAUCCAACCUCAGUGAUCAUAAACCUCUAACACUACCCUUUCUUUUUGUGCAAUUACUGUAUUGAAUUCGUAUGUAUAUUUGGAACCUUCCCUGAGCUUACACUUAAUUCUUCUACCUUUUGUUUGGUUUUGUGGUAUUUAGUUCUUAGAUUCAGAUCGAGUUGCUCUUAAAGCUUGUCAGUAUUUUGGUUAUGAGUUGGUUUAUCCUGUAACUUUCUAUUUCAAGAAUCUGUUCUGGCAAUAGCUCACUUGUGAAUGUGACUGUAGUUGUAAACUUAAACUACUGGCUUAUACAAGCUUUUUAGAUCAACUUUUUAUGAGCAAGUAGCAUUACUACUGCAGUCAGAGCAUUGUUCCUUUUUUGAAAGCUGUAGCAUAAAGACAGCGAAGACACAGCAUCCUGCAGUUGAUGAGAGUUUUAUUAAGGGACUUUAUAUUGGCAUAAAUUCUGCAGCCCUGUAAUAAAUGUUUCUCUAAAAA